GUUGGGUUUUAUUUCGAUUAAGGUGAUGUAGUUUUAUGUAAUUAUCUCUUGUUGAUGUUAGUUUUUAUCUAUUGUGUUGAGUGACUCUGGGUUGAAGUUUUGUCAUGUUGAUUAUUUGAUGCAAGAUCAUAGCAUGGGGUUUUUGGAGAUCAGUACUAACGAGUGUGUUUUCAUUCGUUCAUUUGAUUGAAAAGGAACGUUGGCAAUGAUUACAUCACUUUUAAAUUAAUUUUACAGGUAAGAGAACAAAAUGUCUAUCCCGUGGAACUCAUCAUGGAGAGGAUGUGCAGCAAACUUUCCUCAACCUGUCAGUGAAGAAAGUGAGCUUGGAGCUCAAUUUUUGACCCCCCCUUUGCCUGACAUAGUGUACAGAAGCAGCAAUAGAGAAGUAGACAUCCUCCGCCAUGUCUUUCGCUGGGAUCUUACCCCCUAUCAGGAGGUUUUUCAGAAUGGUUUCCAAGCAAGGCGUCAAGAAGGCACUUUAGAUGAAAUCUACUUCAAUUUGGAUCACUAUGUCCAUCAUGGCGGUAGGCCUCUUGAUUCCAGCCGGCCCGCCACCCAUGCCUUCGUUAGCACCACACUUAGCAGCAGUUGGCAUCCUAGCCUCGACCCUGAGACUGAGAUGGAAGUAUAUCGAUACGAGAUAUAUGCUCCUGGUGGCAUUUGGGUUGCUGAGACUCUUGGUGAACGUUACCAGUACCCUUCCCAAGAUGAGGUUUGCUUUGUUGCUGGCAUUGCCCCUCAAUACAUUCGGUCUGCCCAACGCUUCAGGCUUAUUCGUGGUGACGCGAGGUUUACAAGACGGGAGAGAGUAGAUAAUGUAAUAAGAGUAAAUGGGUACUAUGAUCCACAAUCACAUCCACCAAGAUUGCUCAACAUUCAAAGGCCAAUAUUUGAUUACGUGGAUGAAAAUGGUAGGAGGCCGCCUCUAGCCAUUAGCAUUUACCAACGUCGUUCCGUCUCCGAUCGAGAGAAAUGA